AUGUCGUCAUUUGAUUUGGAGCUGCUGCUCAACGGCAAAGGCCGUGAUGCAUCGACUCACAUGCGCAAGGUCCUGAAAGAGAGCGGUAACGUGCAAGUUCUCACAAAGACGCUUGUGGACGCUGUGGAUGAUGGAUCUAUUCCACCAGCCGUAUAUCCAAUGUGGAUGACAAUCACAAAUAGCACUCACGUCACCGUCUACGGCAUGAAGCAAACCUCGAGUCGACUUAUCCGCGAGCAUGCCAUACGAGCCUUUGUCAAGCGAAUGAGACACGCAGAUACAAUGGAGGAGAUGUGGGAGACAGUAGGGCAGGAAGAAGGCCUCGCUGCUCUUAUGAACUCUUUUGCGGUUGUCGAUGUCAAGAACCUUUGUUCUGGUCUUGGUGGCUGUGCGUUUGCUACGAGCGGUCUUGAGCAACGACAACGCCUCCUCUCAUCAUUGCUCAACCUCUUACACCCACUUUCCGGAAAUACGCCUCCCACAGAUACACGGCCAUUGCUCCCGAUUUACGUCCGCCUACUGCCCGCGUGCUCUUCCCAGCUAGUCAAAGAAUGGGCUGUCAAAUUCGAAUUGGAAAAGUGGUUCAUGAGUUACGACGUUACAUCUCGCCUUGUUCAGGCGCAUUCUACAACCAUGGAACAUUUUGUCAUAACAGUUCAGAACCCCGAGAAAUGGAACUUGGACAUGAUCAAGGUCCUUCUCAAAACAAGGUAUCAAUUCUGUCUCGACCUUCUUAAGCGAUUUAUCGACAUGCAAAAGACUAUGACCACCCGCUACAUUUUCAUCUAUAUAACGGAGACAAUCUCGGCUCAGUGCACAAAGCAACGUCUGCCUUGGGAAUUCCAAACGCAGUUCUGGACUUUGCUUUGUGACUGCUUAGCGAAACAUGAGAAUCUCAGGGCAUAUCACAGCUUUCAGUGCCCGAGCUGGGAAAAAGCUGAUGUGGCCUAUUUUGACGAGCAACUGCUACAGAGGCUCUUCCAAGUGACCAAAGACCCAAGAGGCCGGCGCAAUAUAUUCCGCCCUUUCUCCGUCAUGUGUAACUCAGCACCAUGCCUACGAGAAAGGAUUUUUAUAUCAUACUGGAAACAUGUAAAUGAUCCACCUAUCGAUUUUCCAGAUAUUCUUGGAAAACUUGAACGCGGUGAAACGGUUGUCAAGCUGACCUCAUUAUCUUGGUACGAUAACGAUUGUUUGAAGCUAUUACCACGAGAGGCUUUCGGACGAGUCGUUAAGGCUUGGAAUGCCAUCACCACCCAUGACAUUGAGAACGAGGUAGUGGAGAUCUCUGUCAGCGCAUGCUCGCCGCCUUACAAUAAAGAUUUCGAACAGGAAGAGGUCGAUCGUUGUUCAGCAUUCAAAAAUACCUGUGCUUAUUAUUGGUCUCUUCGAGCUUCUGCGACAGACAACCUCUUCCCAACUGCACGGAACGAUCUCCUCAUGGAGCUGGAUCACUGGAAACGAAAGGCCGCACGAGGCAGAUUGCCAGCAGAUCGAGCAUACUGGGCACUCCAAGCCUUACAAAUUCCCGUGCUUUUAGCUGACCUGUCUCUAUUCAAUGACACCCUCAUCUGGGCUCGAAGAUUCUCCAAGGAUAAGGAUGCUGUUGAAAUAAUCUACAAUCAACAGGUAUUUAACGAUGAUUUGAUGAUCGACUUGAUGUCUGGUGCUUCCUUCUUGCGGAGGAACGUAGGGUUGCUGUCCAAGGAUGGAUUAUCGGCGCACAUCAAGAACUCUCAUACCAUUUUCCACACUCUAACGCAAUCUUACAUUGGUGUGGUUCGGGAGCCAAAUGUUUAUGAAUAUGACUGCAAGAUUUUUGGUUCUAUUGGCUAUUACAUUUGCCGUCGGCUCCAGGCAAUGGAUGCUGUGCAGCGCCAUCUCCAACUCUCGGACGACGACAUGUUCUCUUUGGUGUGGCAACCGACUAUUGAUACCUUGAUUGCAUGCGAAAAGGCUUGCUUGGAUUCUUGUGACGACGAAAAUUCCAUGGAGCAUAUUUUCAAUUGGCUCGACCAUCUGAUGUCCAGAUUCUACGCUUACAGCAGCACUCCCGGAAAACGCAAAGUCAAAAUUCAUUCUCAGGUGACCCUCACCUUCAUAGACAAACUCUCUAGAGAAAGAGACCACUUGCGACUUGAGCACCGCAAGAAGAAGUUCCCAGAUGUAGAGAAAUGGCCUGCAGCGUGCCGGCCCGUUUUACCCUUGAAGCACCUCCUACCGUACCAGGUUGAAUUUAGGGGUGAACUACCUUAUAUCAACUCAAGAUUGACCGAUGUGCUACUCAUGGACCCCGAGGAAGCAUAUUUAGAGGUUACCACCGACGGCAAAGAUCGCUACCAACAGCUAUUUAAUCUAGUUCAUUGGCAUAAAGUGCUGCGCAUGUAUCUGAAAGGAACAACCAAAGAUGUCCGAAGGAAGAGGAUUAAUCAAGUCUGGAGUCAUGUUGUCACGCACUUAUCGGAAGAAGGCCGUGGACUUGUUCAGACCGGUCAUGACUGGUAUAGUCAUUUCAAAGAAGCAGGUGUCCGUUCCAAAGAGAUUACAUGCCACCCUGAUGUAGUCAUGCCGUCUGCGAAACUCACUUUGCCUCUAAAAGCAGAUACAGAGUGGGAUCCAAAUGCAUCUAUACGCUUUCAACUCGCAGGCACUGGCAGAGAAACAUACAUAGAUUGUUACACUUCUAACACAAAGUUCGACUAUGGCCCCAACAUCGACGCCAUUCGCCAAAAAGACACCCCUGAAUCCUUCUGGGCAUUCAUGGAAGCCCUCCCUCAUCGUCGGCUUGUAGCGAACGGAGGGGACGCACUCAUCGAGGCGGCUAUUCUCAGCCUGGAAUCAUACCAACCUGAGGUGCCAUCCAUAUUGGAAAAAGCGAUGCCGGGUAAUAUCAAUGUGCGCUAUCCUCUGCGGAAGCUCUCUGCAGAUUUUACCAACAAGCAUGUGGAUGACUCUCCCAAGGUCAGCCUAGCCAUGCAUGUGCUAUGGGAGCUACGUGACCGUGUUCCAAGCAUCGUGGUAGCGCGGCUGGCAGAGUCCAUUCUAGACGUAGUCAUCGCGCAUGAAAAUCCCCUUCCAGCAGCUCCUUAUGAGCUGAUAGUCCGGAUGAUCGACAUGUUAUUCCGAGGAGAUAAGCCUUCAUUGGCGCUGCCUCUGAUUUCUACUUUUAUCGACCAGCUCAACAAUGAGAGCACCUGGCACCCGGGUAUCCUUAAUGUUGGCCUGUUCAACAGGCUGGAGCCCAAACUAGCUAACGAAUACCUGUUCAAGGUUUCUAACUUGGUACUCUCCCGGUUGGAGAAGGCUAAUGCAGAGAUAUCAGGCGAGGUCGACAAAAGUGAUGUUAAAGAUGAUGUUGACGAAGACGCUGAGACGGAGACAGACGCUGAGGCUGAGGAAGACCCCGAAGCUAAAGCUAAGGCUAAGGAGGCGAGUCGAAGCAUUGUAAAGACUACUACUACGAGGCUCGUACCAGAAAUCAUCAGAAAUGGCCUAUUUACAGACGGAAGCCCAUUGUUCGACCUCACAACCAAAUUCUUCUCGGCCACAAAGAAUAUCUCGGUAAAGACGGCAAUUUUGGAAUCCCUGCUUGUAAAGUUGGAUACAAGUCCGGACAACUGGCAGCCGUAUGCUGAGCUGAUUAAAGAACAUUUUAUUCAGGUAGCUGGUUCCUUGAACGAAGAUUUCCCAGAAACUGAAGGAACGUGGAGGGUCGCUGAAACCGGCGGGAAACUCCCCAAACCGUACGAUGCAAGCCAAGGGAGCCCAAAACUUCUCACGAGCUUGUUCAAAUUGCUGCAUCGACGCAACGAAGCCUUAGUCAAGCUUUUUAUGUCAGCUAUCCAGUUGUCCAUUCAGAAUAACAAGCGAUGGGCGCAACUGUUUCUGAAGAAGAUUGGAGUCGAGGUUGAACUACAUGAAUUGCCCGACUCUCCGGUGUAUCCAGACAUUUUGUUGGAUCUAGUAGAGGGGCAUUGCGAGUAUGUCCCAAAGCAAAUCUUGGAUAUUCUUAUUAAGGGAAAGCGUGCCAAGAUGAACCCGUCGCCCAAGAUGAGGCAUGUGGCGAAGCUAGUAGAAGCAAUCACGGGACAAGAUACAGAACUGGUCGACCAAAAGCGGCACUAUAUCAGCAGCUUUGUCACAUGGUAUUGUGAGAGCAGUAAACCACUUGACCGCCCCGACUACUUUCAUGUUACUGAACUGGGAUGGAGAAGCAAAACCAUAUGCCACCUCUACGAAGACCGAUAUACCAUCUGGGUUAUACAACAGCUGACAGGUUACAAACCAUCCAACCCCGAUAUAUCCGAAAGCGAUAUCGACGACAUGGCAUUGGACUUCGCGUCAGCGUGUUGCCGAAAUGGCAGAAAGCUAACGCUAGAGUUUCUUGGACUCAUCUUGACUCCUAGCUCGGCUAUUGACGGCCCGUUGAAGCCAGAAUCGCGCUUCAUGCCGCUUGUGAACAAACUGAAAACACUCACAGAGUCGAUGCGAACUGAGGCGUGGGCGAAAGACAAGCUGCGGUCACCCUUGCAACUUGCAUCACCCGAGCAUUUUGAAAUUUUCAGGCUUGGCGCGCGGCGAUUCAAGACACUAGCUCUGGGCGUUGACUUGGAAACAAACAUUGCUUUUGGACAAGAUAUCAUUGCGCUGCUUCGCCGCAUCCACAGCAACAGGUUCGACGUCCAACACCUUGUAGACUUUGUGAAGGAACGUAUUUUUAACCACCCACUCCGAGAACCAUAUGACUGGAUAAUAGAAAUGGGGCGUCUCGACAAGUUGGACAAUGCAGAAGAGCCAACGGUUGUUGACCUGUGCCGGAUUAGCUGCGUCUUGCGCAUCAUGGACGGGAACAGUAACGGCGACGACAGCCUCGAUAGCACAAUGCGCCACAAUAAGGAGUUUGUUGCUAUGCUGUAUGGAUGGGCAACAUCACCCGUCGAAGAAUUGCGACUAAAUGCAUACCGAGCCGUAGGGGAGCAGUUGUACGAGCAACUAGUCGAAAAGGGACACCUGGACGUAUAA